AAUACAUGGUUAUUUUCACAACACUUCACUAGAGACCAGCUCUCACAUCAGCACGUCUAUUUAUUGCUUUUCAUAUUUGUGGAUUAAAUCUCUUGAAGAAAAUGUUGGUUUGGUUCUGUUUGUGCUUGUGGUGUGUAGUUGGUGUGUUUGCUGCUGCGUAUGAGCUGAAUUCAGUGUCAGUGAUGGAGGGAGAGUCUGUCACUUUACACACUGACAGAGAAAUGAGGAAUAAUGAUCUGAUCCUCUGGAGGUUUGGACCUGAAAACACUUUGAUAGCUGAAAUCAACGUAACAGACAGCAGCGUGACUUUAAAUGAUCAUUAUGAUUGGAGAUUCAGAGGCAGAAUGAAGGUGGAUCAUCAGACUGGAUGUCUGACCAUCACAGACACCAGACCUCAACACGCGGGACGUUAUCAACUACAGACCAACCGCAUGAAGAAGUUCAUCAUCCUCACUGUCAAUGGUGUGUCUGGUGGUAAAGAAGAGAUGAAGUCAUUGUCAGUGAUGGAAGGACAGAUUGUGAAUUUACACUCUGAUACUGAAAUAAGGAAUAAAGAUCUGGUUUUGUGGAGGUUUGAAAACUACACAAUAGUUAAAAUCAAUAAAACAUCACACAGCAUCACCAUAUAUGAUGAUGUUCUUGAAGGGAGAUUUAGAGACAGACUGACGGUGAAUGAUGAAACUGGAUCUCUGACCAUCACAAACACCAGAACUGAACAGACUGGAUUUUAUCAAAUGCAGACCAACCGUAUGAAGAAGGAUUUCAUUCUCAGUGUUUAUGCUCUUCUGCCUGUUCCUGUCAUCUUCAGAUAUUGUACUCAAUCUCCUUCAUCAUCAUCAUCAUCAUCAGUGUCCAGGCAUGUGCUGCUGUGUUCAGUGUUGAAUGUGCGUGAGGUGACUCUCUCCUGGUACAAAGGAAGCAGUUUAUUGUCCAGCAUCAGUGUGUUUGAUCUCAGCAUCAGUCUCUCUCUGCCUCUGGAGUUGGAAUAUCAGGAUCAAAACGGCUACAGAUGUGUGCUCAACAACUCACUGACUGAGCAGACUCAACAUCUGGACAUCACUCAGCUGUCUCACACAUGUUCAGACUCUGGCUGUAAUUCUGCUGAAGCUGUGUUCCGAUUGGUCGUCACCGCUCUGGUGGGCGUGGCUGCUGCGGCUGCUGUUGUUCUUCUGCUUUAUGACAUCAGGUCCAGAAGAGCCGAACAGGAGCGAGCACGUGUUCCCACAUCAGCAACCUAAAUGAUGUCAUUUCUAUAUUACCAUCUUCACUGAUUUUGAAUGAGUUUAUGUAUUCAUGUUUUUUUUUUUUUUUGUUAAUUUUUUAGUGGAUUAUUUUUUACCUUAGAUGAUAUUUUGAGAACAAAUAGCGACACAUUAUCACUUUAAUGCUCAAAGAAUCAAAUUAAAUAUAGCCUCUCUCUCUUUGGGUUUCCCAGCAUCAGAGUUUUUAACAUCAACUUUGAAAGGCUUUAGUGUUUAUAUUUAUAUAUGUAUGUUUAUUUAUAUAUAUAUAUAUAUAUAUAUAUAUAUAUAUUGUAUUGUAUAUACUGUAUUUGACUCCUGCAGAAGUAUCCAACUGCAGUAAAUCUAGUUUGAUAGACAGCAGCACAUGCCCAAUGGUGGACAAAGGACUGGCCCUUACCUAAGUGCAUAAAGAACUAGAGAGUAGGGAGUGAAUUCACUGAAUUGCUGAAUUACAAAUGAUAUAAGAAAGGGGCACUUGUCUUGAGUGGUGAAAUCUUUUACCAUAGGUCUGUUGACAACAUAAUUAAUGCUAAUACCAAAGGUAAUCAUUAAGUUAUAUUAUUAGCCCUAUUAUGUACUAAUGAUAUAACUUAGGCAGCAUUUAUAAUCUGAUACCAUUCAGCUGUGCACAGUUUCAAGAUCAUUUGUGAUUUACAAAUUUUGCAUAUAAAAAAGUAAUUCUCACAUUUUUUGUACGUACGUUCAUUCUUCGAAUUGCAUAUACGCACAUUUGAGAAAUGAUCAUAAGAUAAAAUGUACAAAGGGUUUUUAUGCAGCAUUUAAUAAAUGAGGCCCCGAGUGCACCAUUGCUCCAAGUGCCAUGGUUUCAGUCACUGCUCCAUGGUCCAGGCCAACCACGAUGCCUUGAUCCAGGUCUGGUUCCCCUUCAUGGGUCUGGCUUCAAAGUCCCUUUAGGGCAAGUCAUUUCACUCUGUGGCCAUCUUUGAAAGGCUUCUCAGGAAUGCAACUGCAGCUCCUGUCUCUUUGAAUGGGGAAUCCCUCAUAACUGUUCACCAAGCUUAUGAUUAAAUUUCAGAUUUGAAAUCACCAAUGAAAUCUGACAGCAACUGUUUUAUAAAUGUUGUUUCUUUUGCUCAAAUAAAAAA